AUGAAGUACAAAUCAAUGUUUGAAAACCGGCAUCACUUGGAAAAUGUGUGUGAAAAUUAUCCCGUGGCUUGUAAGUAUUGUAAAGAAAAGAUACCAAGGAAGGAUAUUGAACAUCAUGAAAGUACGACUUGUGAUGAAGUGCUGGCUGAAUGUGAAUUUCAAGCCAUUGGAUGCAGCUAUGAUAAAACUUUAAAACGAAAACAGAUCCGUCAACAUAUGAACGACAAUUUAAUUGAUCAUGUGAGCGCCUUGUUACGAUAUGUUAUGGCAUUUGUUACACAGUUAAGUAACUAUGUAUCACGUCCCGAGUUUAAUGCUGCAUUUCAAAACAUAAGUAACCAAAUCACUGCUGUUCGUUCGAAUCUCUCAGAAAAAUUUGGAAUGUUACAAGGUAAAUAUACAGGUCUUGAAAGGAGGUUUGAGAGCAUCGAGAGUCGCAGUGGUAACGACAGUAACCCUCAGACGUCCUCAGAAGUUUCCUCGAUGCGUGAUAGGAUUGCGACUCUAGAACGACAAGUGAGAGAUAAUUCCUCAACUAUACUACGAUUUCGUGAGCGUUUAGAUCAAAAUGACGACUCACUUGCGAGAAACACUGUAAAGAUUGUGGACCUGGAGGCGCAACGCAGUACGCGAGCACUAGGUUCAAAUCAGGCUAUACACAGCUACAAUGGUACGUUACUUUGGAAAAUAGAUAACUUCAAGAAAAAGAGACAGGACGCCAUUAAUGGUAUCAAAACAGCCUUGUACAGUCCACCAUUCUACAGUUCUCAAUAUGGUUACAAGAUGUGUGGUAAGAUCUAUAUGAAUGGUGAUGGGUUUGGAAAGGGAACUCAUUUAUCUUUGUUCUUUGUUGUCAUGAAAGGUGAUUACGAUGCACUUCAAACAUGGCCAUUUCAAAAAAAGAUCACGAUGAUGUUAAUGGAUCAAGGAAAUGGAGAUCACAUGAUUGAUGCUUUUCAUUCAGAUCCUCAAAGCUCCUCGUUUCAGCGACCAAAGUCAGAUAUGAAUAUUGCCUCUGGAUCACCUCUCUUUAUGCCAUUGGAAAGUUUAAAAAAUCGUCAGUAUAUUAAAGAUGAUACAUUGUUCAUGAAGAUGAUUGUUGACUAGAAAGGUCGGAGAUGAGUAGGGAUAGAUUCGGAGAGUGGUUGCAAAACAGAGCAUUUACCUUCAUGGACGAAUGAUUUUUAACAUUCGCCAAUUUAGAAACUAAGUUACUCAAAGAGCGCAGAGAGUUUAUGUCUUUCAUUUUUGAUCAUUUUCAAUCUUAAUUUUUAGCUGGCUUCAUGGGUAUAUAAUUUCUAGUUUAGUUAGGUAUUUUGUUAUUAAUUUACAGAAAAUUUUUCCUCCAUCUUUCUUAUCUUGCCUGUUUCAAACUCAUUUACGUAAAAAAAUUAUAUCUAGGACAUAUUGCUUGUUGUGUUAAGUGUUCAA